CUGUGUGCUGUUAGGGUUAUUUUGACGUCAAAAUGACGUCAUAAUAAUUACUCUGAAUAUUUUCUGUUGUGCCGUUCGGGAUUUGUGCGAAAUCGAACAGCGGAAGCUCAUCUCGCGCGCUCGUGUCGCUUUUUUUAACGCGGUUGCGUAAACAGUUCGUCGUAUCAAAUCGGAGUAUAUACAUGUAUUCUCUUUCUCCCUCCGACUUCACAGUCCCCUGCUGUCAUCCUGUGUAUUUUUUCUUUUUUUUUUUAAUAAAAGCGAUACACCCGUCCUCGACUGAUAUCCCUCUUCCUUUCCGUUCAUGACUUUCUCGACGACUGUCCCUGAACGCACAUUCCAUUCGCGCACAGCUGUGUGCCUACGUUGUGCAAUAACACGCAUCCCUCUCUCUCCCACCUCGGCUGGCAAAAUAGAUUACCCCCUCCCCUCCUCUUCUCUUCUCCUCCUUUCCCUCCCGCACCGUCAACACACACUGCCACCGACUCUAGCCAAUGCACUUUCCCACUUUUCGUGCGCGUUGAAUAAUGCAUCGCGUGACGACGACGACGCUCCACGGAGUUUCGUCGUCGAUGACGACGACUUAGUGCCUGGUGCUAGUGAUCCCACGACGACGACGAGGACGAUGUCGCGACGAGCUGUAAAAUGUCCAUGAGUCCUCGCCAAGUCGGGCAGCUCCGAGUCGUGGCGGUGCACCUUGGACGAGGGUUCUUUGUCCUCCUCCGCGCGAGGAUUGUGUGAAAACGGAGAUUCGGUAGGUAAAAUUAAUUUGAAAAUAAAAAAUGUCUGCGGAAUCACCAAGACGAGGUGUGCAUAAAGGAGCUCAAGUUGUUUCACCUCAACCCAUAGUUGAUCGAUCGAUUAUUGAUAGUGUUGCUGGAAUUAUUAAUGAUAUAGUACCACAGGGAUACGCCGGAGCAUCCAACUCUGAUAAUAAGGAAACCAUAUCAUGGGCGCGAUUUGAAUAUGCGGAUAUAAAUGACCCCACUUUAUAUCCUGAUUAUAAUGAAGGUUCUAGUACGCCACCAUUAUUACUGGUGCUAGGAUACACAGUUGGUGUUCAGGUAUGGCUGAUAGCAGCGACGGGAGAGGCAACGGAAAUUCUAUCAUGGCGGCAGGGCGUGAUUCGUACUCUUCGAAUUCUACCAAAUCCAAAGACUGAUGAACACGUCGACGAAUUCGAAGCGAAACGGCCGAUGGUAGCGGUCUGCUCCGAGCCGGAUUCGACUCUUCCGGGACCAAAAUUUUGCGAUGUCAAUUUCAUCUCCUUGAAGACCGGCGAGCCGGUGCAUAGCGUAGGAUUUAAGAAUCCUGUCUGCGACGUGUUGGCUAACAAGCGGUCCGUGGUCGUAACAUUAUUAGAAAAAAUUGCGGUCUUCGAUGCCAGAACAUUGCAAAAUAAUAUAACAAUCACUACCUGCUACGCCAGCCCUGGCCCAAAUCCAAAUCCUGUCGCUUUAGGAACACGGUGGCUCGCUUACAGCGAGAAAAGAUUGAUACCCGCGAGAAGAAGCAGCGGCGGUUGCGAGGGAGAGGGCGUGCAGAGUUACACAGCGACAGUUUUAUAUGCAGCGAAGUCACUGGGUAAAGGUCUUCGCGGAUUAGGAGAAACCGUAGCCUCGAGUCUGACUGGGAAUUCGGUGUCGCCGAUGACCGUCAAUAAUGCGGGCAACGACGUGACGCAACCGGGCGUAGUCACGAUAUUGGAUCUUCAGAUCGCGAGGGACGAGAAGGAGUUGGACGACGCUAACGCGGAGGCUGUAAUCGCUCAUUUUACUGCCCAUAGCGAUGCGAUCGUUGCCAUGACCUUCGAUUUGACCGGCGCGUUAUUAAUGACAGCCGACAAGAGGGGACAUGACUUUCAUGUAUUCAGAAUUCAGCCGCAUCCCGGUGGACCGACAUUGGCAGCGGUACAUCAUCUAUAUAUCUUGCAUCGUGGUGAUACUACCGCAAAAGUGCAAGACAUGAUAUUCUCGAGUGAUGCACGCUGGGCUGCAGUCUCAACUGUGAGAGGUACCACGCAUGUUUUUCCUGUUGCGCCUUAUGGAGGUUCUGUUGGUGUCAGAACGCAUUCCACGCCUCACGUAGUCAACAGGCUAUCGAGAUUUCACAAGAGCGCGGGUUUGACGGACGACGGUACCCGAUCUCAUUCUCCGGUGUCUCACGCGGAGCUACCCUUGUCCAUAUAUCCGUAUUCGAAUCCGAGACUUCCACCAUAUCCUCAUCCGACGAUAUUACAUCCCCUAUCGCAGAUUCGGCAGCCAUCGUCUUUAAAUCAGGUCAACAACUCGUCGCAGCCGAGUUGUAGGCCGCAGCAGAGGCAACGGCUACAUUCGGAUGAUAGCGGGACUCUACCGUUGAAAAUUUGCGCGUGUUUCGCUCCGCCGAGAGCUUGGAUAUAUGCACAGAGAGAAUCCAGCAGCAAGGUUGUCAAGAGAGCAGUUGAUUCCUUAUUCAUCAUGGCAUGUCAUGGAAAUAUGAUACAGUAUGACUUGGAACCUAAACCAGUUGCUGGAGUACCAAAGGAAAAAGUCUGCGAUGAUACCAUGAUCGAAUUGGAUGUCGAAGCGAAGGGCCAGUGGCCGCUUUGCAGAGUCCCCAACUCUGUGGAACUUGUUCCACCGUUGCCUCUGUCCAACCCGUUACUCAGUGUCACGUUCGCACCAAAGAACAACCAAGAACUUGACACGGCCGAGGAUCGUUGGCUGAGUCAAGUGGAGAUCGUGACACACGCUGGACCGCACAGGCGACUGUGGAUGGGACCACAGUUCGUUUUUAAAACUUACAACGCACCUAGCGGUGUCGCUGUUAAUUUGGUCGAAGCUGAAGCGGUCGAGAUUGGAAUUACUGGAUCACGACCAGCGAGAUCGAAGCCCGUUAAUAUGCCCCAUGCAGCAUCCAGACCAUUGAUGCCAGUUGUCAUCGACGGGUCAGGAAGCAGCUACGAGCAAUCGCCGAGAUUUAUGGAGGCUUACGGAGAUCCUCUGGAUACCGAGAACGUAGCCGUUGGCAGUUGCGAGAGUCAGUUGAGAGAGGAUCUCGCGGAAGCUAUGCUCGAGAUAUCCAUCGCGUCGCAUCGUGCCCCAGGGAGGCGUACGGUAAUUGAGAGGGUGGGUCAGCCUGUAACUAAAGUCGUCAACCCUCACACCGGCACCGUGAUUACCGUGUCGGCCGACGAGGAUGAGGACUCGAUUAGCUCCGUUCAGGAGUACGACUCCGCUCCGGAGGAGAUCCACGCGCCUAGAAGCGUGUGCGCCGAGGAAGGCCCGGCCUCGCUCGGCGCGGCCGAUCAUCUCCCGGACGUGCCGGAGAGCCGGACGCUGAGUUGCGAGCACACCGAAAUCUGCGCGGAGAUGCGGGCCGCCAACGAGCCCACGGCGAUCGACAGCGUGCCUGACGAGAAUAUUCGCGAGCUCCAGGAACGUCGCGCCCUAUGCGCGGAGAUGGCGACGAUGACGUCGACCUCGAUCGAUUACGAGCGCGAGGGCGCGUUCCGCGACGUGCCCACGAGUCUCAGCCUGUGCGCCGAACCGGGCGAGAUCCCGAGCAGCCCGAUGACGCACGCAAAGGAGACCGCGAUGUGGUGUAGCAAGGCAGCUGGCAGAUCCGCCGGCGACAGGCGUGUCGAGGACUAUCACGUUCACGAGGCUCAUCUCGAGAAACAUCUGGCCAAGGCUAAGUACGUCGUCAGCUACGACGACGACAGCGUCACGCUGAUGGAGAACAAGACGAUGCGAGGCGAGAGGAAUGUGGUCGAGUCGAUGCAGUCCGCGAGCGCGGACGAGAGGGCUAAGAGGUCCUUCGCGAGAAGGUCGAUCGUCGAUUCCGAGAAAGAAACAUCCACCUCGCAGAAACAUCCUCCGGUUGAAUCCGGAUGCGCGGAUCCGAGUGUUUUUACGGAAAGAGAGAGAGACGAGGUUCGUAAGAAGAAGGCUGAAACUACGAAAGAUGUUUAUAAGAUUGCGAAAGAGAAGCACGGGGAGGCAACGCAGACGCAUAAAAAUGGGAGAUGGAAGAGUCGCGCUCCGCGAGACCUGUUCGACGAGGAUCGAGCAGCGACGUUCGAGAGCAAGGAAUUUAAAAGCGCGAAAAAAGCGGAAUCCUUCGUUGAACCCACGCUCGAAUCGACGAAGGAGGAGAAUCUUGUUAAACUCGCUGCGAAAUCGGGAAAAACGGAACUACUACUUGAAGACGACGAUGACGAAUUACCGCCGUUGGAUCCUCCGCCGUUGGACGACUUCAAUUCCAUCGAGUAUCACAUGGUGGAGCCGUGCAAGGACGCUGCCUCCACGGCCACUCAAUCCGACGACGACAUCGAGCACAUCCACGCGUCCGAGGUGACGCUGAUGCGCGCGAGGAUCGACGCGGGCGACGAUAAGUGCAGGGGAGACGACGCGCUUUUUGGUGCCAUGGUCGCGCAAUCAUUCUCCCCGGUGGAGCAGCGGAAGAGCAGCAAGAGCACGAUCUCGGACGACGACCUGGAAUACAUACACAGCGCCGAGUUCAGUGGCCUCGACUCCGCGACUCUGGCUGACGUCACCUACGCGACCAAGUCUGCGACGAAGACCUGCGGUGACAGAAGCUCGCGUAGAAGGCAGAGCAAGCACGCUCUGUCAUCCGAUGAUGAUCUGGAACACGUCCAGCUCUCGGAGAUCUGCGAGCUGGAACUCGGCGCGAUGAGUUCCUCUCCGCAGGAAACGGAGCAGCAAGAAACCAAGUCCAAACUGAGCAAGAAACGAAAGGAUAUCAUGGUGAUUGAAAAAGGUGACCCGGAGACCGCGGAGAUCACCGUAAUAUACAAUCCGCUGGAGGAAAUUUGGCUGAAGGAGGAGGCGGCGGCCGACAAGUAUAGCCUCGCCGAUCAUCUCAAGGACAAACCAGAGGGAACGAGUCCGACCAGAAGGGCCAAAGGUCGUGUCGCGAAAACGACAGCGAAUUCCUCAUUGUUAUCUGGUAAGCGGGCUUUUCAGGCCUCUGUUGCCAGCGAUAUUGUUGAGAUUAUCGAUCUCGAUGCGAUGCAAAGAGCCGACACAGACGCUGACCCAACGCCGGAGUGCAAGAUUUUGCCCGCUGCUUCCGGAACGCGAGUCAGAAAAUCUCGCAAGAGUAAGAAGUCGCAGGCGGACGGCCAGUUUCAAGAAAAUAUCUCGACGGAGCCUCUCUCCCUCUCUUCCUCUUCCGCUCAUCCGCCUUCAUUCCGCUCCUCCAGAGUGAAAAUGGCGGAUCUGCGAGAGGCUGUGCAGGACGAGUCAUUUGUGGACUUUUCCAAGAGUCUUCAGGAACAGAAAGCUCAAAGCCCUCCCUCGACCGAGAUAUCGUGGAGUUCCAUCGUGAAGAAGAGCAUCUCCUUGUCAGAUUCGCAAGAGGGUUGCAAGGAAACGGAUCUCGAGCCGUUGAUCGAGGUAGAGGAGAAAACGGAGGUCGGCGAGCACGCGAGGAAGUUGAAGAACAAAAUUCUAGAAUUUUGCAACAGGGAGGAUCUCCCGUUCUUCGAAUCCGGGGCAGACAAGCACGAGAGCGCGCGACGACGAGCCUUUAAAGUCGAGGAGAAGGAAAAGGAGGAGCUGCUGGGCGAAAAGGGCGAUGAUAACGUCGACGAAACAACACCAACGACGACAACGACGGCGACAACGACGACGACGACGACGAGGACGACGACGGUGGAAGAGACUAUUCUCAUAGAUCUUCCCUCACCGGUGAUAGACGAAGAGCCUCACGCGGACAAGGAUCUCGUGGGUGUUACUUUGACGCGAGCCAAGACGUCGCAUCAGGAUGGGGAGGAUAAGAAAGAACAGUCUCCUCCGGUCCCGGAAGUACGAUCCGUCGUCGACAAGACACGUCGAGGUAACGUGCCAGCCGAGAGGAGAGAAUCGCAAAGAGAAUCUUCUUUGCAGCUUCAGCCGGCGCUUCAGCAACAGCAGCAGCAGCAGAAGACGACGACGGAGGGCGACCUCGAGCGGAAUAACCCGGCGACUCCGACUCUCUCGGUGCCCGAAGAUCCGGGAUCUGACGUGUCCUGCCAUCCGAAGCACGCCGAAAAGCGAAGCGAGACGGAGAGCUCGUCGACCACCGCCAAGAAAACGAGCAACCGAUCCAAGAGGAAAAAGCGCAGAUGAGUAGAGGAUUGCUGCAUGGACGUGCCUAGGGCGAGCCUUGCCCUCUACAUACUUCUGAUGCAAGUAGCGGGAGUAGAUUAAUAUCCCGCGUAUGUGAGAGGGGGAGGGAGAGGGGAGGGAAAUUGUCAGAGUUCGAACUGUGAUUGUGCGUUGACCUUGCAAGAGUGCAACCUUGCAUCGGCCAGCGCGAUCGACGUGUGUUUUUCGCUACAAUAACGACGGGGGCCAUCUUCUUCUCUUCAAAUUCGCUUUCGAGGAAUAUAAACCGCCGUUUAUUUUCAAGAAAAAAAUAUGUAUAUAUAUAUAUAUAUAUAUCUUUGAGUUUUUCCGAAUAUAUUAUAUAAUUUUAAAUGACUGCGGCAAUACUGAAUCGCUAGAAAAUUUGUAAGAGAAAAGUUGAGAGCGUGUCGUUAUAUGUAUGUCGUUACGUAGGUAUAUAUGUGUAUGUUACUCUCGUUUGCGUCAUUUAUUUAAAAAAAAAGGCACGUUCUUGCGGCAAGUUUGACGAAUAACUUAUUUCUGAUUAUAGAAAGAUACCGUUUUAGCAAUCAUUAUCUCUCACAAGAACACAAACGAAUAAAAAGCGUUAGGGCAAUGUGUGGCGGGCAAGGUUGUGUUCUAGUGGAUGUUGUAUUAGAAAACGACUUCUCGACGUUAAUUCUAAUGGGGUAUAGAAUUAACAAGGGAGAAGGAGAGGUAGCGCUUUUAUCGCAACUAUAUAUUUGGCAACUCCUGUGUAGCAAUUUCGAUUUGACUGCCUUAAAUUGUGACAAAAAGAGGAAAAAAAACAAAAAGAAAAGGUGAUAAGUUUGGAUUCAAUUUGUGGGAUGCGUAUAUAUAU